AUGCGGCCAAAACGCAAGGGAGACAUUGUCGUCCGCCCGACCCCACAGCAGCGUAAGGACAUUUGCCGCAACGGCGGUACUCUUUUCACUGAGAAAUACAACCGCCCCGCCCCCCGUGACAGCCAGGAAGAUACCGCCAUGUCUUCCGAUGAGUUGCCCAGCCAGAGCUCCGGCCCCUCCGGCCCUGAGAACUCCGACAGCCCUGACCAGACACAGCCCUCAGCUAAUGAGGAUACGAUAGUGGUCCAGCUGAACGAGCGCACGUCUUCCGACGACGCAGUCCGCCGCUCUGGCCGCCACAGAACGCUCUCCAAGAGGGCCGCUGACUUAUGA